GCUCGUAGGCUCAGUCAGGAGGAGGACGAGUGUCCGAUGUGUCUCCACAGACCUGAAGCUCUCUCCUCCAGCACCACCUCUUCCACACACCCGCGGACAGGCGCCCCUCUCCCGGACGGGCGCUGGGGGCGGGCCGCUGGUCAGCAUGGAGCGCGCCGCGGACGCGCAGAGCCUGAUCUCCAUGUCUCUGCUGAAGAUCCAGAACUCGCGCACGCAGAGAGGAGGCAUCAAGCUGCACCGGAACCUGCUGGUGUCCUACGUGCUGCGCAACGCGCGGCAGCUCUACAUCAAGGAGAAGUACGCGGAGCUGUACCGGAUGCAGCAGUACGAGGAGGUGAUGACGGUCUGCAACGAGAUCCAGGAGCUCGACCCGCUGGACGUGGACUCGGAGGACGCGCACGGAGAGGAGCAGGCGCGAGGCUGCGGCGAGGACACGAAUCCGUGCGAGGCGGCGCGCCACCGAGGCGCGGCGCACGUCCGGGCAGCGAGCUCCCUCCUCGGCUGCUGUCCUUUCCAAGACGGCGGCAAAGAACCGGAGCCGUCGGACUUCCGCAGCUGCUGCAUGGAGGCUUCCCCCGGGGCUACCUUCGGCCAGUUCUCCGCGGACAACAACCGGCACUGCAACAAAACCACGGUGCUGGACCUGGACACGCAUGUGGUGACCACCGUGGAGAACGGGUUCCUGCACCAGGACUGCUGCUGUGACGCGCUCCAGUGCGCUCAGGGCGCACAGGCUCCGGCCAGGAAGAGGAAGGUGGAGUCCGGCUGCUGCGCCUCGGACCUGGAGGAGCUGAGCGACUUCACUGCGGCGCGUAAAAGAGCCAAGCGCGAGGUCUGUUCCUUCUCCAGCGCGGACUACACGGACACUUCCAACAUCUCCAACCUCAUCUCCAUCUUCGGGUCGGGGUUUUCUGGGCUGCUGAGCCGGCAGGCGGACCUGGAGCAGAUCUGUAGCAAACAGGCCUUGGCCAGUCUGGGCGCAUGGACCCGGGCCAUAGUAGCUUUUUAACUCCAACACCUUAUUCUGACGAGAGACAGACAGAGAGACAGAGAGACAGAGAGAGAGACAGACAGACUGGAAUCAGCUGCGUUUACACUGAAUCAGUGAAUCAAACCAUCAUCUCAGAUCUGGUUUGAAAACAUCAGGUCAUAAUCCUGAAAGUUAACAAAGAACAAACAGGUUUUUACAACUUUCAGCAAAUGUUCUGUGGAGAUUAGUUAUUUUGAGAAUGAGCUCACAUGAACUGAUGAAUGUUCUCGACAGGAUUUUGUUAAAGCAACAGAAUAUAUUUCGUUUCUGUGAUGUGAAGAAAUGUUCUUUCAACUGUUCCUGCAUCAAACCACAACUUUCCUGGAAGGUUGGUGGAACUUUACACUUUCAUCAAAAUCAGAAAUCUGAGUAAAUCAUCCAGUUUGAAAACAAGAAUCAGGUUUUGUACUAAAACUGAAGUGUAAAGAAAAUGUAAGAAGAUUAAAGUCAUUGUUGAACAUUUUCAAUGUUCUUCAUUGUGAAUUUUAAACAUUGAGCUGAAGUUUCAAAUAUUUCUCUGGUUCAUCUUCUGAUCGUUCACGUUAAACCCAGAAUCUCACCUGGAGUCUCAGUUUGGUGAUUGGUUGGUUUCUGAGCGAUGACAUCACUCACCCUCUCCUCUGAUUGGAGGAAAUGUACAGCUGGCUCGGUCUCCUUCAGAAUGAGACAAAUAGAUCAACUUUAUUUUUGCAAGAAAAGAUACAAACUAUUUAAAAUGUUUAAUGUGGAGAGUUUGUGCCGUAUUGUACCAGACUUCCUGUUUGUUUGACAGGAACUUGAAUCUGAUGCUCAUGUCACAAGUGAACCACGUGACGUUCACUUCCUGAACACCUGAGGUACAUGAUGGACGCCACCAGCUCGCCUCAGUGAACCUUUAACAUCGUCCUCUCUUAAUCGUGGCUGUUGCUCAGAGCGACGCAUCCAUCAUGACACCAACACGUUUGAACUUUUGGUUUCAUAUAAAGGAAGUUGGAUCCUUUUGUUUUAAAAAGGCAAACAUGUGACUCCAUUAGCUUUAUGAGCCCACUCAGCCAUUCUCCACUUAUCCUCCUCUUAUUCUUCUAUUUUUUUAUUGGUAUUUUGUGUGUUUGAUAAAUUGUAGCUCUCCGGUUAAAACUGUUGCAGAAAAUAUUUGUAAAAAAUUUAUAAUCUUAAUAAAAAAAGAAAAAUUUAAAC